AUGUUCAAACUGAUCACCUUUGAUUCUCUCAUAGACCUUUACUUUUCCAAUUCAAUCUCCAAUCUUGAAAACACUCCUGAAGCUCAGCCAUCACUUCGAACUAUUCGAUCGCUUCCUCAACGUCGUAACAAACGUCCUCGUCUGAAUCAUAUCGAAUCUCCUCCGCCUCCUCCCGAAAGCUCUAGUCCUACCGAAGCUAGCCGUAGCGAAAGCCCAGUCACACCACCUACCAGACUCCUUCCAUUCCAUAGUCCACGCACCAAAGAAGCUAUUGCUACUUUAACUGAUUCAGUUGCAGCCUUCAACAUUCGUCGUUCAUCUCGCAAACCAAUGACUUCUGAAAUCGUCCGAUUGGCAAGUCCACUCGAUCUUCCUGAUGGAAGUGAUCACUACUCCUAUGGUGCUCCCCGUUUGGAAAUCGGCUCAUGCUUAGAAGAGUAUGAAAACCAUCAAGUCGGACAGCUUGCCAACGGGGUCGAUGAAGAGGACGAAGAGGAUGCAGAGGAUGCACCGGAGGAAGAUCAACAAGUUGAGGACGAAGUAGACGAAGCGGAUCAAGAUUUCAGUGGUUAUGCUUUCUUAUCCGCUGGUCACCCCAAGCAGACUUCAUCUACAAAUCAGUCUAGUCUAGCAGAUCAACCCAAUGCUAACAGAAAGAAACGCAAAGUCCCGAGCACUGUUGUCAUACCACUCGCUCAUCCAGUCAUACAAUACGGUUUAGAGUAUGAACUCAGGCCUGCCAAUGUCUCUUCACCAUAUACAUUACCUCAUACAAUGGCACAUACUACUCCGGCCUUUGGUCAACUACUACGAGCCGCCCAAUUGGAAGGUGAGGGUGGGGAGUAUGAUGAUGCUGAGGAGGAGGAGGAAGACGUUUCUGCAUCAACUACGCCAGUAGAUUUCACGAACCCAGUCACACUUGCUAAAGCUCUCUCUUCCCAUCAUGUCAAAAUGAUGAAGAAGCCAAUAAGCUCCCCUCGUCAUUAUGGUCGCCAGCUUCACAAACUUGCACUUUCACGAUUGCUCAUCCGCUCAUCACCAGGCCCGAGUUCCUCAUCCCAUCUCGGAUCUAUCAGUACUCCAGAUCAGAGUACGAAAACUCCCAAGAAGACUAAAUCCCCAAGCUUAACAGCCCGAAACAAUUCAGCCUCCAAACGUACCCCCAAUCGCAAAACUCCAUUACGCCCUAAACCGAAGGCACCACUCUCUAAGCUCAAGAUGCCUGUGCUACCAAAUCUUUAUGACCCUUCCCUCCCCCUCGAAGUAGCCUACCCAACUACUGUAGACCCGGCUCGGUUGACUAAGUUAAGGUCUCAUUCUAAUCGCGAGCAAGUUGAAGAAAACCACUCUCCCAGAUUUGAAGUCUUUCCUCGCCCUUCCUCCGUUGAUCAAAGUCGGCGUCCAAGUUUGACUAUGCCAAAUCAUGCAAAUGAAAGUGAAGAUGGAUCGGACGGUCAUAGUCUGCGUGGCGAAUUUUCAUUUCGUUUGGAAAUUGCCGAGAUCAAUCAUAGGCUGGUUGCCUUGCAUAUUGCAAUCUCAGACGAGAGGAAAACCAGAGAAGCCCAAAUCAAGGAGGCUAUGAAGAUAGCAAUGGAGCAGCAACAUGAUCUUAGACAGCACAUUCGUCGGUCUGAUACAGCGAAGCUCUCACUUGGAGAUGCUGAGGGUCGCUCUGAUCAGCGUUCAAUCACGGUAGGGAAAGACUCUAUCAAGGGUGAAACGACGCCGAUGAAAAGUUCUGGCCUUACCUCAAACAAUCGACGUUCAAAGUCCCACAUGUCACAGAGGCCACUUACUUCUAACGUUGACCACGGGCCUAGUGGUCCUCCUCCUUCCGAGCCACCUCCACCUCUGCCAUCCGGUCCUCAUACCAACUCAUCAUCGGCUAAUCUGUCAUUGAAUAAUCCUAACGGUCGAAUUCCAGAGCCUUCGCCCAAGAAAAAUGGAAAAAAGGGCAAGAAGAAGCGAUCUGCUCAUGCCAACGCCAACAACAUUCACCAUCGAGAUAAUUAUGUCCCAUCAAGGCUUCCAACAACUCAUCAGCAGACCACAACCGUUGCAGGUCAAGGUGUGCUGGGUACCGAGUUAGCCACUAUGGACCUUCUUGCAAAAGACUACGAUCCUACCGGUACCAGAUCGUCCCUGCAUCCAUUUAUAGACCCUAACUUGAGUGUUUUACGUGAAGGUGACACGGAGACCAGUCCUAGCGCUAAUAAUGGUAGUCAUAGUCAAUUAGGAUCAUCAGCCAUUGCUAAAUUUUUCGUAGAACCCGAUGAAUGGAUCUGUGGAUUUUGUGAGUAUGAACUUUGGUUUGGAGAAGAACUUUCAUUAAUCAAAGUGAUCAAGAAUCGAAAGAUGAUCCUUCGACGACGGAAAAGAGCAAAAGAAAGAGCCGCAAGAGCAGCUGCUGGAAUCAAAAACCCAUCUAAUCCUGGUACUGGUCCUACCAAUUCAUCUGGAAACAAUGGUCUUGCUUCUUCUUCGUCUUCUGGUACUAAUAAUAAUAAAAAUAUUGUCAACCCAGUUCAUUCUAAUAAUCCAUCAAUCCCGCCUCCACCACCGCCACCACCUACCUCUUCUCCUGCUAGUCCUUAG